AUGAAAAUUCACACGAAUGCACCAUUACCAGUUGUGACUGAUUCACCUAUAACUACAAGUAAACCACAUUCCAGUUCAUGCGACAUUGUUGCUAUUUUUGACGCUGUUGCCAGAAACCAGUUUAUCGAGAAUUUGAAUGCUACAACAUGUCAUAACGGCCAGGGCCGUCAUGAUAACGAUGCUCUAGUUAUGACACUGUGCAAUGCACCUGAGAGUGCUAAGUGGAUUGAGGGAGAACAGGUUCUUUUGAGGGAUGGCACAUGCUCAAAAUCAGCAAAACCAUAUACGCCAAUAUUUUACCAUGAAGGAAAUGUUAGACUUGCAGGCAUACUUAUAUCAUGCAGCGGGAGUGAAAUACGGUAUUUCUUUCAAGAGUGUGAUACAACUCCAGUGGUUCGACAUGUGAAUUCAAAUGGUAUCGAGAGGAUACAUGUGCUAACAUGGACUUAAAACAAAAA